CACAACCACCUCCAAGGGAAAAUUAUCUCCAAGAAACCAAACCAAACAAUGGCUGCAUCCACUUCACUCUCCUCAUUCUCAACUUCCAUACUUGAAGAAUUGAUGAUCUUCAACAAUUUCCACCCAAGAAGACUAUUACUCCACAACCCUUUAUACAACUCUCCUCCCCACCCAGCCCCACCACCCGCAUCCCAUAAUAACCCUACAGAACUUCGAGAUACCAACACCUUCGACACCAACGUCGUCAUGGUCCUAUCCGUCCUAUUAUGCGCCCUAAUUUGCUCACUUGGCCUCAACUCCAUAAUAAGAUGUGCCCUAAGGUGCUCAACCUUAGUGGCAGCCGACUCCAGCCAAACCGGCCAAUCCGCCCGUCUAGCCAACACGGGCAUCAAGAAAAAGGCCCUCAAGACAUUCCCCGUCAUAAGCUAUGCAGCUGAUCUCAAGCAGCCAGGGCUGGACACCGAGUGCGCCAUCUGCCUGUCGGAUUUCGCGGCCGGUGAACGCGUCAGGGUUCUACCUAAGUGCCACCACGGCUUCCACGUGCGAUGCAUCGAUAAGUGGCUCAACUCGCACUCGUCCUGCCCUACUUGCAGGCACUGCCUCAUUGAAACUUGCAACAAAAUUGUGGAGGCUGCUAGCACGUCGGCUACGGUACCACAUCAAGAAGUCGUUGUAAGGAUGGAACCACUGCAGCCAGAAGGUUUUAUUCGAAAUUAUGAAAAUUAGCUACCAAAAUCAAUUAGUAUAAUGCUAGAUUUGUGUCAUAUAGUAGAUGGGAUUGAUUAAGCCUUUCCUCUCUCUCUUUCUUUUUUCCCUUCUUCUUUAUUUAUUUAUUUAUUUUCUUUUUAGAAACUAUCUUAGGUGGAAAUUAAAGUGGUAGCAUCUAUGGGCCAACUAUGUACUCCUAAGUGUAUAUAUAUAUAUAUAUAAUUAAGGUUUUCUU